AUGAAGAUCGCUCUGCUCCUCGUCCUCCUCACAGGUUAGUCUGAUUGUUUUUUUUCUUGUUUAUCUGUUUGUUUGUUUUAUUAGUAUUUUUAUUUAUGUUUAUUUAAUUGAUUGUUUAUGUUUGUUUGUUUUAUUUUUAUUUGUUUAUGUUUUUUUUUAUUUGUCUGUUAAUUUAAUUAUUGAUCUGUUUGUUUGUUUUAUUAGUAUUUUUAUUUAUGUUUAUUUAAUUGAUUGUUUACGUUUGUUUUAUUUUUAUUUGUUUUUUUUUUUAUUUUAUUUUGUUUGUUUAUUUAUUGAUCUGUUUGUUUGUUUUAUAAGUUUUUUAUUUAUGUUUGUUUAAUUGAUUGUUUAUGUUUGUUUUAUUUUUAUUUGUUUGUUAAUUUAUUUAUUGAUCUGUUUGUUUGUAAACAUUCUGAGCGCUGAUAUUCAGACGUGUUACAGAUAUUUGUUGGUAUCAGAUCGUCACAGAGGCCAAAACAUCAGAUGGUUGAAAAUCUUUGAGACUGACUUUAGAGGAUCCUGUUUCUGAUAUCUGUUGUUUCCUCUGAGAGAUCCUGAUCCUGGUCCAGAUAACUGGAUCUGAUCCUGUAUUUAGUCUGAACCCUCUGGACCCGUUCUGGUCCGAUCUCUUGGUAGUUUCUGGUGAAUCUUCUCCGUUCUCCUGUAAAAGGAAGUUCCUGGAGCAGCUUCUUCUCACACUGUGGUUCACCUGUUACUCUGUCGGUCUCACUGAAACCACAUCACGGUUCUCAGAAUCACCCCCCAAACAAAGUCAGUCCAGGUUCAGGAUCAGCUGUGACCCAGUUCUGAACAGCCUCAGGUAUUAAAGACCUGACCCUGUUCAAAGCUCCAAACAAAGACACGAGGACUUUCUCUAUAAGGUCUUAGAUUUAGUGAGUGAGGGUCCUCAGUCUAACAGAGAACCGGGCUGGACCGAGGACAGACGGAUCAGACUUAGAGGAGAGGACUGAGGAGAGGACGGGCAGACCGGGGAGUCCUGCAGGGUCCGCUGAAGGUCCUGAUGUGUUAGAUCAGACUUCAGGGAUCACACUGACCGCUUCAAAGUGCUUAGGGUGACCAUAUAUGGUAAAGAGGGCGGAGCUACAGUGGUGUUUAAACACAGAAAUUGACAGAGACUCUAACUGGACCCUAAAGUCCGAAAUGAUCAUCCUGCUGUUCUGGAGAAGUUACCGAGGGAGGGGGUCAGCUGAGAGGCAGGAACAGACACAGUCAGACUGAGUUUGACCCCUGCUGGACGGUAGCGGUACUGCGGGUUAAAAGGCCGCUCUUCCCAUCUGUGAUGUUGGUGUAGAGUUCAGCUCUAACCCCUGACCUCCACCUUCAUCCUGAUCGUCUCCUAAAAGGUCGUAUCCUCCGAUCGUAGCUGAUCGUAACCAUUCAAGUUAACGUGUCAAUUUACACCGACUUCUUUCCGUUCCUCUGAGGAUCGCCGGACUCCUCAGCUGAUCACAAGAGUUCUAUUUUUUCUGGACGCCGGAGCAUGGCGGAUAAAUUCAGCACAGAUUAACCCGUGCUGGAAAGGAAGUCGGGCACAGACACACAAUCUAAAAUUUCCGCCGUUCCAGAUGUGGUGAAAUUUGGGGGUAACAGACUCUGUUUGUGUCUCUGCAGUCAGUCCGAGCAGCAGCAGCACGUCUGUCUCUGGUGAGGUUGGCCAGAGCGUCACUCUUCCCUGUUCCUAUGACCGACAGAAACAUGGGGCGCUCACAGUGUGCUGGGGUCGAGGAGAUAUCCCAAACUCUGGAUGCAACAACCAGCUGAUUUCCACAGAUGGAAACACAGUGACACAAACUUCCAGCAGGUUCUUGUUUCUGGGCCGACUGGAUGAAGGAGACGUUUCUCUGACCAUCCUGAACCUGACAGAGUCCGACUCUGGACGAUACGGCUGCAGAGUCCACAUACUGGGCUGGUUCAAUGAUGACAAACAUCACUUUGACCUGACAGGUGAGGAACUCUGCAUGUUUUCAUAGUUUCUCUGAGGACAUCUCACCUUCAUGUAAAAGGUGGAGCUCCAACAGGAAGAUCUACAGCUCUCAGGGUCCCCCACAGACCAUCAGGGCCGUCCUGAAGGAGGUCCGGAGUCUUCAGGUUUUUCUACAUUCAUUUCUUUUUUCUACUAACAUCCCGGUUUUCCAGUUUUAGCUGCUCAGACGACCUCAGACACAACAAGACCCCGAGAGACCACCACAGAGUCCGCACACACACACUCAGCAGGUACAACUACACACACACACACACACACACACACACACAGGUAAAGUGUGUCCUCCAUCAUGUUCAUGACGACCUGCUGCUGACUUAGCUGCUCUAAAAACAUCUGCUUUCACUUCCUGGUUCUGCAGGUCAGCUGACCUCCAUGGAGAAGGCGUUGACUUCCUCCUCCAGCGACGUGAAGGCCGUGGUGAGAUGCUUUCACUUCCUGUGUCUAAAAACAUGUGAUGGAGCGACAUGAAUUACCUCACUGUGAACUUUAUUCAGUCAGCAGCCUCUCCGUCCCAGAUUCAACUCUGACCGUCUGUUCCUGUUUCUUCAGCGACUGAAACUCUAAAAAGUUCAGAGACAAAAACAGAAGAAGAAGAAGAAGAAGAAGAAGAAGAAGACGAGCGUUUAAAACAGCGCCGUUAACAAAAGUCAGAGUGAAACUAACAAAGAGUCUAAAACAGUCAACGAACAGAGACGUAGAUGGAUCCAGUUCAGGGCCGACAGCUCGGUACACUGAGAGCUGGACCAUGGAGGGGACGGUCUGAGGACAUGUUCUGGUCUGAGGACUUGUUCUGGUCUGAGGACAUGUUCUGGUCUGAGGACAUGUUCUGGUCUGAGGACAUGUUCUGGUCUGAGGACAUGUUCUGGUCUGAGGACGUGUUCUGGUCUGAGGACAUGUUCUGGUCUGAGGACAUGUUCUGGUCCGUCGACAAGUUCUGGUCUGAGGACAUGUUCUGAUCUGAGGACUUGUUCUGGUCCGAGGACAUGUUCUGGUCCGAGGACUUGUUUAGGUCUGAGGACAUGUUCUGGUCCGAGGACAUGUUCUGGUCCGAGGACUUGUUUAGGUCUGAGGACAUGUUCUGGUCUGAGGACUUGUUUAGGUCUGAGGACAUGUUCUGGUCCGAGGACAUGUUCUGGUCCGAGGACAUGUUCUGAUCUGAGGACAUGUUUUGGUCCGAGGACAUGUUCUGGUCCUAGGACUUGUUUCUGACCCCUUUUCUCAUGUGUUUUAGACGGAUCAGGAGCAGCAGGGGGGCACUGAGACUGUGGUUCUGGUCCUGGUUCUGUCCAGCUUGUUGGCCUUGGUCACAGCAGUCGUAGUCGUCAUCCUCAGUAAGUCCACCUGUGAAGACCUCUGUGCUUAGACCGGUCUCUGACUUCUGUCACUGAGAUCUGUCCUCCUGGUUCAUUCUGGUUCUUCUCUGUUUGUCUCUGCAGUGCGACGAUGGAGGCGCCUCAACAAAAUGUGAGUCUGACAGAUGAACGGGUGAAUCUUCUCCUGAUUUUCAGAUGUUUCAGCUCAAAUUCAAUCAUCUCAGAUUAGGAGGUUGUGGUUGAUCAAAGUUGGUGGAGCAGAUUCAAGUUUCCUCUCUGAGAAGAAGUCAUGACUCAGCAUGACCUUCCUGACUCAGCACAGAUCCACGCCCUCUGCUCUCCGACUGAACGUUCGUCAUCUUCCUCCUGGGGUGGUUUUCACACGGUUCACCUCGGCAGCUUUGGUGUGUUCAGAGUGAAACUACAAAUCACGAGAAAAAACCGCCCACAAACCAACAAACACCGAAGACCAGAGUCAGAACAGAAACUCUGGAUCAGCAGGGGUCCACUCAGCAAGAAUCCACAAUCUGUAUGUGACACCGAGACCAUGAUGACGAUUCUGAAACUUCAUAACCCCCGACGUCCACCUUCAUCCUGAUCGUCUCCUAAAAGGUCGUAUCCUCCGAUCGUAGCUGAUCGUAACCAUUCAAGUUAACGUGUCAAUUUACACCGACUUCUUUCCGUUCCUCUGCGGAUCGCCGGACUCCUCAGCUGAUCACAAGAGUUCGAUUUUUUCUGGACGCCGGAGCAUGGCGGAUAAAUUCAGCACAGAUUAACCCGUGCUGGAAAGGAAGUCGGGCACAGACACAAAAUAAAACAUCCGGCUUCUUUUCAAAAUAAAACACUCCGUGUUAGUCUAGAAGUCUAGAAGUAGAUUUCCUCCUCUGGAAGGACACAAUCUACUGCUUAUAUGUCUAUGUGUCUGUCUUUAGAGAGACAACUCGUUAUCGUGUGACUGAACGUGUUCUUGUGAGUUCUCGUGAUUCCUGCUGUCUGUAAUCCGCCUUGAAAUUCGCCUCACAAACGGAUCUGGUAGGAAUUAGCGGACGGUGAAAAUCGCUGCCGUUCUGGAUGCGGUGAAAAUUGGGGGUGAGUGUCAAAGAGUCAAAUCAAUAAAACAAAAAGGUUUAAAACAUCAUCAGGAUUCAAAUAAAAGUUAUUAGAAAAGGAAAAAAAUAAAAUAAACUUUGAAGAACCAAAGAUUCAAAGUCACCGAACAAGAGUUACUACAGUGGUGUUAGCUUAGAGCUAGAGCUAAAGUUAGCCAACUAGCUUAAAUUACCAACAUCCUACUGUUAGCCAACAAGCUAAAGUUUGAGGUCAAAGCUCUGAGCAUGCUCCCCACAUAAAGACUCGCACAGGUCUGCUCUGAGGUUUGUUCUUCUUCAUCAUUCAGACGUAGUUUCUGAGCGUUACCUGAACCUUCUUCAGGAGCUCAGCUGUGCCUGCAGGCGGUGGUGUCACUAACCACACAGCGGCGUAUUUAACGCUACAGACCGCUCAGUCAGCACAUUUCACCUCUCCUUAUAUCCACCGACAGCAGAAACAGUCCCUCUCUUUCUGAACCAGCAGGUGUUCAUGUUCACACCUGAGACGCCACAUGGAAUUACUCGACACGGUAAACGUCGCUGUGAUUAUCGAACACCUGGAGGCCUGCUGUCCGCAGCUAGAUGUUCACACACCUGGGAGCUAGAAGAUAGCUUCACAGGCUGGUCUGCUCUGAGGGAGUCAGACAUAUUCAGUGUAGUGUAAGUCCAGGCAGGCCACAAAUCCAAGCUCCGCCCACAGAACAUGAACCAGCUGGCAGCUCUUCGCUGCUGCUCUCCCCAACCCGGUUCGUCAGAGGGCUGGUGUGGUCUCCCCGCCUCAGACUGAGCUCUCACUGUCUAAUGAAGGUUCUCCUGAGGUAAGUGGUCCAGACUGAAGGAACCAGGUCUUUUGAGCCCACCUGCUCUUGGUAAAAACUCAUCGUUUUUUUUCUGUGAGGGUUACGAGCAGACGGUCCAUAAGUUCAUCAAGAUCAUACUUGAACUUCUUUGACAGUCGUCAGUUUAUGGUCUCAAAGACAGGACCCUGGUUUUCAGAGGAGCCUGGUUUUCAGAGGACCACAGUUUCACUCCUCUGAGUCGAGGCGGACUGCAGCAGGUUUCUUUUACCAGAAACAGAAAGUCUGAGAGCGAGGGGAUGGAGCUCUGAGGUUUCCUCUGAUGAUGAUGUGACAUUCACAGAGCGCCACGCGAGCGUUCAGACUUUAACCACAAACACUGAAAUGUCAGCACGUAGACGCAGAGUCAAACAGGGGGACACCAGCCCACAGGGGGACGUGUAAAAACCUGAACCACAGUUUAGUCUAAAAAGACGUUUACUGCGUCUUCAGUUUGAGCAGCGGAAACACAGAUCAGCUGACUCAGACUCAGACCGUUAUAAACCAGAUCCUCGACACUCACUGAGACCUUUAGGGUCCUGAAGUCUGCAGAGAUAAACUCACUCUGAACACGAGUGUCUGUGUGUUUCAGGCCUCAGCAGCAGGUCAGCGGUACCGUUCGCUUCAGUCUGACCCGGUCCAGUCUGCAGCUCCACAGACGAGAGUCAGCCGUGGAGAACAUCUACCAGAUCGACGGAGGAGAGUACGAGUCCUGCCCCUGA